AUGACGUCGCAACCGACCAAUGAAUCGGAGCUGCAGUUGUACAGGGUCCUUCAACGAGCCAAUCUGCUUUCUUACUACGACACUUUCAUUUGUCAAGGAGGCGAUGACGUGCAGCAGUUGUGCGAGGCGGGAGAAGAAGAGUUUCUUGAGAUCAUGGCCCUCGUGGGCAUGGCCAGCAAGCCUCUUCACGUUAGAAGGUUGCAGAAGGCGCUCCAGGAGUGGGUCAACAAUCCGGCCAUGUUCCAGACCCCCUUGGUGCCGUCGCUGCCGCCAGGGCACCCAGGCGGCGUGGCCCCCGGUCCCCCAGGGGCCCCGCAGCCCCCCGGCGGGGUGGCCGGGCCCCCCGUGCACGGCCUGGGCCCUCUGUCCCGGCCCCCCGUCAGCAUGGCCCAGCUGAGGCCCAGUCCCCCCGUGGGGCCCUCCUCGUCCCCGUCCCCGGGCCUGGGCCCGCCCAAGGACGCUCCCUCGAGGAUGCACCCACCACCGGUGUCGGCGCCCAUGCCGUUUCCCCAGGGCAUGCUCGGCGGCGGCGACCCCCUGGAGCUGGGCGGCCGGCCCGGCACGCCCCCGACGCCCGUGCUGGUGGAGGCCCAAGUCCGGCGACUGGCCGAGUCGGCGGAGCUCCUCGUUCGCUCGCUCCCUCCGCACGCCUUCGUCGACCCCAGACCGCACGGCCGAAGGAUGUGUAAGGACCUAGAGCACGUGCUGAGCAUGUCCGAGGACGACCCGCGUCGGAUGGACGAGAUCCGCAAGUACGCCGCCAUCUACGGACGCUUCGACUGCAAGCGCAAGCCUGAGAAACCGCUCACUCUGCACGAGGUGUCGGUGAACGAGGCCGCGGCGCAGAUCUGCAAGCACAUUCCGGCGCUGCUAACACGGCGCGACGAGCUGUUCCCGCUGGCCAGGCAGGCGGUGCGGGACAGCGGCUACCCGUUCUCCAAGGGACAGUCCAGGAGCCAGUGCUACGGCGGGCCGCCCCCGUCGGGGAUGCCGCCGGGCAAGGCGCCAUUCGACGAGGAGCCACACAAGCGGCCGAGGCUGGAACCGCCGCCCAUGGACCAGAAGGCGCAGAUCGAGGAAGAGAGGAAGAAGAGGCAGAACCAACUGGCCCAAAUUUCCACUUUGCUGACGGCCGACGAACGCCUCCGGUUGCAGGAUCGCCUGGAGGGUAUCUGCGAGCAGCUGCGCAGCCUGGGCCGGCAACACGAGGAGCUGAAGGCUCGACUGCAGCAGUCUCGGGACCUGCAGAACGUCGGAGCGGUGCCGCAGCUCCAGUCUCAGCUGGAGCACAUCUCCACGCAGCAGAUGCAGCUCAUCAACGAGCAGAGUGAACUCUCCAAGCAGUUACGACGCAUCGACAAGUACUUCAGCGGUGCGGGCAAAGGCCAGUACGGAAGGCCCUCCUCCUGUUCGGAACAGGACAAGGCGGACACCGACGACACCGACUCGCAGUUCUCGGCGUACAGCAACAAUUCAUCUCCGACGUUGAGCCACGAGGCCCACGACUCGCCGUCCCAAGACUCUAACCAGUCCGGCCAGCAGCAGCCCAGCGCCGCCGACGUGUUCAACAUGAAGAUGGCCAGCGUGAAGAAGACCUCGGCCCAGAUCACCAAGCAGCUAGUCCAGGAGACGCUCAUGGACGAAGGUCUUCGCGUCAUCAAGGAGCUGGCGUCGCAGAUCAAGUCGGAGGAAGCGACUGGCCCGCCCAUGCACGGCGGGAGCAGCAGCAGCGGAGUGACGGACCUGUCCUCGCCGCAGCCGCCAUCCGGAUGCUCGUCCUCCUCGCGGCCCCGGGGCCGACCUCCCAGACUGGACCGGGGCGACUACGUGGGCACCUCGCGUCUCGUCCAGGGGGUCCCGCCCCCGCUGCAGAACGGCCACCACGAGCGCGGGCCCGGCAGCAACGGCCUGGACCACGGCGGUCUCCAGGCCAACGGCCUUGUGCCGCCGUCUGCGAUGGACGACUCCGCCGAUUCGGCCACCGAGAACAGCCUGAACGCGCUGCUCGCCCUCUCCCAGAAGAGCCUCAUGAAGCAGGAGCCGGCCUCGCCCGCCGGCAACAUGAAGAUGGACUGA